GCAGCGCUCGUGAGCCACGGCGCUGCUGAGUUGCAAAAUAUACCGUAGAAGAAGAGUUGGCAUUGUAAACAAGGAUAUGGCUGACGAUAGAGGUGGCGACGAAGACAACAUUAACGACAACAUGGGCAACCAGCUACUGCUUUUUCCAGGCAACGGGGAGGAGGAAGAGGAGGAAGAUGACAUGGAGACUGAAGACCGUGACAACGAGGAGGCAACCAAGCCUAGCAUGAUCACUUUCGAUCCCAGUCUACCCACUUCUCACGCUUACCUGGGCUCGGAUAUGGAGGAGUUUCACGGCCGCACCGUCCACGACGAUGACAGCUGUCAGACAAUCCCCGUGUUGCCCCACACCGCUGUGAUGCUCGUGCCUGGACAGACCCUUCCCCUGCAGCUCUUUAGACCGCAGGAGGUCAGCAUGAUGAGGAGUGUCAUUCAGAGGGAUCGAACCUUUGCUGUUCUCGCCCACAGUGAUGCAGGUGAGCCAGAGGCAGAGUUCGGAACUACAGCAGAAAUCUACGCAUACCGGGAAGAGCAGGAGUACGGCAUCGAGACGGUCAAAGUAAAAGCUGUGGGGAGACAGAGAUUUAAAGUUCACGAGAUAAGAACUCAAGCAGAUGGGAUUCGACAGGCCAAAGUGCAGAUCCUUCCGGAAAGAGUCCUUCCAGAUCCUUUAUCUGCUGUUCAGCUGACACCCCUCUCUAGGCUUAUUGUGCACCCUUCCACAAAUCCCCCAACUCGGGCUGAAUGCUGCUUGAGUAACUACAAACAGGUAACAUUGAGGAAAUUCCACUGUGCCAGUCUAACGCCGUGGCCACCAUGGGUGUACGCCCUCUACGACUCUGAGUCGCUCAUGAACCGAGUGAAGAAGCAACUCCAUGAGUGGGAUGAGAAUUUGAAGGAUGACUCUCUCCCUACGAAUGCCAUAGACUUCUCCUACCGAGUGGCGGCUUGUCUGCCCAUAGACGACUCGCUCAGGCUCCAGCUGCUGAAGAUUGGCAGUGCUAUUCAGAGGCUUCGCUGUGAGGUGGACAUUAUGGAUCGGUGCACAUCACUGUGCUGUAAGCAGUGCCAAGACACGGAAAUCACUACCAAGAAAGAGAUUUUCAGCUUGUCCCUGUAUGGCCCCAUGGCUGCCUAUGUCAAUCCACACGGUUACGUCCAUGAGACUCUGACUGUCUACAAGGCUCAAAACCUCAACCUGGUCGGCAGGCCAUCCACACUCCAUAGCUGGUUUCCAGGGUACGCUUGGACAAUAGCCCAAUGCCGAAGCUGCGGCUCCCACAUGGGUUGGAAGUUCACGGCGACCAAGAAGGACUUGUCUCCGCCUCGUUUCUGGGGUCUGACGCGCUCAGCCAUGCUCCCCCGUAUCCCCACUAGCGAGGGCGACGACGAGCACGACGGCUCUCGUCUCUUCUGCCUGUGACAUCUGACCUUCUUUCCCCGUUGUGUACAAAUUCCUGUCUGGUUGUGUCGCCUCCAAGUAAUCACAUCAUCACAUGCUGUCACCCUUGGCAGUAAAUCCAUCAUAUUAGUGGGAAAGGUCAUCCAACCUUUACGUGGCACUUCAGCAGCAUAUGCUAUAGGAGGAUGACGGGUUGUUCUUAAAGCUUCUUUAUAUGUGAAUGCACUCGUGAAGACAGAGAGGCCCGCUUUCAUUUGUGGUCGUUUGAGCAUGCCGCUCCAUCAUGGCCAGCUGUUUGCAGACUCAUGGGGUUGUGCUUAGACCCUCCAGCUUUGUCCUCCAACCUGGCAGAGGGUUUUGGAGCUUGUCUGCUUCACUCAUUAGAAUCCGUUGUACUGUGCAAACAGUCUAUCGGAAUGCCCAUUGAGAAAGCAAUUUGUGCUUUAUGAAGCAUUUCAUGGACACUGUUUGAUUGAGUCUGGUCAAGCUGACUACCGGUAAAUGGAUAAUUUCGAACCUCAGAACUAAAGCGGUUGUAUUUUUGUAUGUAGAUGAGGCGGUGAUGACAAGUAAUGGGCAAAUACAUGUCGAGGCCUUUUUUUUUAAUUGAGAGUGCUUUGUGCUCUAAUGGUAGCAAUGACCCUUUUUGAAGGUCAAGGCUCAGUUCGAUGAAGGUAAGUAUUUAUCCAUCAUUUAAAAUGUUGCUACUGAUUAAGGCUUUCAAAGCAACAACAAGUGUACAGUAUGUUGAUUAAAGGCAAAAUGAUGCGAUUGCAAACUAUGAUGUAAGAGGACUCUCUUGAGGAUGUAAUACUGCUGUUUUCAGCAUUGUCAAAAUGUGUUGCAAGAUGCUGGUUAUGUGUUCAUCCUUAAAGUAUCCUAAUAAAAAUUGCACUGAAUGCAGAAUGUCCCGUUGAUUAGGAUGUCAAUAUGCUGUUUUUUGGGGGAGCGGGGGGUUGUGCUUGAGAUGUCAAAGUCAAAUUCACAGUGGGCCAAAUUUAAAAACUGGUAAAAAGCGGUUGUUCAACUAAAAUUUUUUUUUUUUAAAUUGACAGCAAUUCUGCAUGCUUUUCCUUCUCGCUACAAAAGUAUGUUAAUACUUUUCGAAUUAAAACAUACAGCUUCUGCUUAAAGACCGCAUUGGAAACAAGGAAAGGUUAUUGUCGUAAACACAACCAAAUUUGAAAUACAUGAUUGGUUUUCGGCUGUUGUGGAAAUCUUUUUCAUAGGCCGUCAACAAAACAACCCCAAAAAGAGAGUACCGUAUUGGCCCGAAUAUUAGACAGUGUUUUUUUUGCAUUUAAAUAACACUGAAAGAAAGAGGGGGUCAUCUUAUAUUCACGGUCUAGACAUUAUACCCAUUCACAACACUAGAUGACGCCAGAUAUCAUUGAAGGGAUGUUCUGUCAUGACAGAUCUCAGCUACUCUUCCCAUUCACGACGCUAGAUGGCGGCAGAUAUCAUUGAAGCGAUGUUCUGUCAUGACAGAUCUCCGCUACUCUUUCAGUUUAACCAGUUUGCAUUAUUUUAUUGCAAUGUUUUUCCUUAUUCAGAUUUGUUUCAAGACUACAGUUACAGUUAGACUUCACUUUGAUGGUUAAUGCAGUUAUUGCAAUUUUGUUGUUUUAGCACAAUAGAUUGGUUUAUUUACAUUUCAAAAACCAGAAGCCAUUCAUUUACGAAUGUGAUUGCACUUUAGUUUACAUAUUUAAAUGUUCAGACUAGUGAUGCACGAUAAUGCAUUUUUCAACCGAUACCGAUAACCGAUAAUUUCCUCCUCAUUCCAACCGAUAACCGAUAAUGUCAAUCUGAUAAUUCUAUUAAAAGAUUUAUGUAAAAUUUUAAAGUAUACACAAAAGAAAAUAUUACUGUGCAAAAAUAUAAUUUAUUGCUCUUUUUUUCAACAUAGAAUAUGAACAAGUUGUCAAUUCCAACAUCUAAAUAACGAUAGAUUGUCUGACAUUGUGUAAUGGUAAACUUUUGGCAACAAUUACUUAGAGUAAAUACCUAAGUUGCAUAAAAAUGCCUUUAAAAGUAAGCCAUUCCUAACAUAUAACAUUAAUACACUGCAAAAUAUACCUCCUUAAAACUAGUCAGUUUUAAGUGUAAAUCUAUUGGAAAUAAGGGAAAUUAUCUGCCAGCGCUUCAAGUGUAUUUCGCUCAGAUUUCAUGGAAGAAAAAUAGCUAGCUGAAAAUAAUCUUAACAGCCUUAUUUUAAGCAAUACAUUAUUAUACUUCAUCCUAAAAAAAAACUUGGAAGAAGAAAAGAUUUUGAAUAAUAUUUGUGGCUACAGAAUAUUAUUGUUAUUUCAUUACAACAGGAAUGUGCAUAUUUAAAUUGGUAAGUGUUAAUAAGUGCCAAUAAGUUUUGAUUAUCUACUGUGACUGUAAUUGAGCAGACAAAUAAGUUAAAUUAAUUUGAAAAGUGAUUGCUAAUGUUAUAUGCUUUGUUGCACACUGUGAAAAUGAUUAACUCAAAAGAGUGAGAUGUCACGUACCCAUCCUGCAGCGCUUUGUUUACAUUUGCGGCACUCACGACAUUUGGUUUACAGCAGCUAAACUGAUACACGGCAGUACUAUUUGGAUGGAGUUGGAGCUCGCAUCUCCGUGCGUGUUGUUUUGUGCCUGAGUUUUGUUAAGCCGAAAAUAAAGGCAGCGUUACAAAGUCAUCUGACCGCUCGUCAUUUUACAUACUGAAUGCAUUAUUGACUGGCUGACUUCGUUUUCUCCAUGUUUAAAUUAUCAUGUAACCACUGUGCCGUCAUGAUAAGCUUGCUUACUGGACAUCACUUUUCCAAAUGUACGUGGUGAAAAUGUGAUUGGCAUGUUUUUCAUGAAGAAUGGUGGUGGUAUAAACUGCAUUAUUUUUUUAUCCAGGGCUUUGGCUCUCGGGUCAUUUCGGUAAAAAAAAAAAAAAAAAUCGUGUCUCGUCUCGGCGGCGGCUACAUUCGUACCGGAUAUUCCGCUCGCACCGGCCGGUUCGCCGUGGCGUAUUCGGGGCCUGGCUCUGCUCGCACGGCGUGAGGGAACGCUCGAGAAACCGGGGUGUUCGCCGGAGGUCCAGAGGCCGGGGAACCGGGCUCUGCCCGCCCCGCCAACGGCGAGGCGGCGGCGGCCUGCCGGACCGGCCAGAGCGGCGGGCUCCGUCGGAAGACGGCUACUUGCCGACUAUCGGUCUCCAGUCGUGCCGGUUUUUAGCCUUAGACGCGAGUUUACCACCCGCCUUGGGCUGCUUUCCCAAACAACCCGACUCUGUAUCGUCACAAGCCCCGUAGUUUAACUUUGUGUUUACAAUAGCUUUAGCAUUCCCGCGAGCAGCAGCCUCGUAUUCGUUCCAAAAAUCUUUGUGAUGCAGUUUUAAAUGGAAGCUGGGUUAGUGGUUUUGAAUGAGGACGCUUUCUUUCGGCCUCGUGGAACUUCUAAGGUACGUUCCGCAGAUGGCGAGAGCGUCGUUUUUUUAGUAACAGCCGCCAUAAUAUUCAACUAUUUCUUGUCGUGUAACUCCGCCUCCUCAACCCCUCCUCCCUCAGGGGCUUCAGAGAGGGGAGGGGUUGAGGAGGCGGCGUGCUGAAUUCUUCGGUUGUGUACAUUUGGAGGCUAAAUCAAGUAUAUAAUUAUCGGAUUGCAUUAUCGGUUGAAUUUUUUUAUUAUCUGGAUUAUCUGUGUGACGUCAUAAUUGCCAUUAUCGGCCGAUAAUUAUCGGCGACCGAUAUUAUCGUGUAUCUUUAGUUCAGACAUUAAGAUUUGAAUGAGGCAAAAUAACAUGCUUUUUCUCUCAAAUAUAUUGUUAUAAUUAUUUGUUUAGGAUGUAAUUAUUUUCUGUAUAAAAAUGAAUUUGGUGUUCAAAAAGUCUCUUUUUCAAACUUGAGUCUUGAGAAAGAGGGGGUCGUUUUAUAAUCAGGGCCGUCUUAUAUUUGGGCCAAUACAGUAUUUCAUUCGAAACCCAAUUUAUACGCUAUUAACAAUCUAACUUUAAUCAUUACUUUGAUGGGCCUCACUUCAUAGAAAAGACCUUCCCAUGCUUCAUUCGUUACACCCAUGUUGACAUUGCACACAGGACAAGUCUGUCGAUUGCAUUAGUGAAUAGAUAAUCUGUUUUACAAAGGUUCUGUUUUCCAACUUUCAUUUGGCCAGCUCUAAUACACAUUUAAUAUGAUCACUUGGGCCAACCAUAAUUACGUUGUGGGCCAAUUCUUGCCCACGGGCCUGAGUUUGCUAUAUUUUGUCGUCCACGUGAGCGUCAAAUACAAGUGCACCAACUUUUUUGUUUGUUUUGUUUGAAUUGAAAGUCAGGGACACAGACUGUUUACUUUUCGACAGUAAAUUCAUGCUCAUUAGCUGUUUAACAUAUUUCCAUAACAACAUAGUCAACUUUGGUGUUUUUGUUUUUUCCAAAAGGAAUCAUCAUGAGCCGUCCUCACCUAUGUUCACUGCGUGGGCUACAUGUUCUUUAGACGCAUCAAUAAUCUCAUUUUGGAUCCUCUGAUCACUUUUCCACUCCCACUCAAAUGACAAAUCGAGUUACUGCUGAUUCGUGCCCAGCUUUAUAUAUAUAUACCAUAGACUUCAUAAUGUAUUGACGGGACACGGGGCGUACGGCCGAUUAAUCUGAGUGGAAA